GUCUGUCAAAGAGACUAGAGCACGAUACUGAACAGACACGCUUUACUGAGAACUCACCACAGAAUAAAUGAAGCAUUGUUUUCUCCUGAUGAUGAUCCAUCUACUGAUGGUGCAACUGCCGCAAUUUGUAAAAGCAUUACAAGAAAAUGGGCAUGCAGAGGCUCAAGUAGCCACAACAGUCUUGAACCGUUUGGAGAGGCUGAGAAACAGGGCCAGUUUCAUUGCCAAAAGCUGUAAGGAAAUAAGAGACAGAUAUGACCAAAAAGAAGAUGGGCUGUACUACCUCACCACAGCCAACGGGGUGGUCUACCAGACCUUCUGCGACAUGACUACUGCUGGAGGUGGCUGGACACUUGUGGCGAGUGUGCACGAGAACAACAUGUAUGGGAAGUGCACAGUGGGCGACCGUUGGUCCAGCCAGCAAGGCAGCAACCCUAACCAGCCAGACGGAGAUGGGAACUGGGCCAACAUGGUUACUUUUGGAACCACAGAUGGUGCCACGUCAGAUGACUUCAAGAAUCCUGGGUAUUAUGACAUUGUGGCAGAAGACAUGUCGGUGUGGCACGUUCCCAACAACUCCCCUAUGGAACACUGGAACGUAGCCGCCAUCCUCCGCUACCACACAGAGAGACGCUUUCUCACCAUUUACGGGGGAAACCUGCAUCAACUCUUUAAGCUCUACCCAGUGAGAUAUAAUGCUGGGGCAUGUGGCAACACAGGACCUACCAUUCCAAUCGUGUAUGACUUUGGGAACAUAGAGACCACCAGAAAUUUUUACGGGCCCAAUUUAAGAAACCAGUUUGAGCCUGGCUUCAUUACUUUCAGACCAAUAAAUAAUGAACGUGCAGCCAUGGCUAUCUGCUCUGGGGUCAAACCAACACCGAACACUCGCUGCGACACUGAACAUUACUGUAUUGGUGGUGGUGGACACUUCCCUGAGCAAGCCCCUCGUCAGUGUGGUGACUUCCCAGCCUUUGAAUGGAAUGGCUAUGGGACCAACACAGAAUGGAGUUCAUCAAAGGAGAUUACUGAAGCAGCUGUGUUACUCUUCUACCGUUAAAAUCCAUCCUGUUGGCCUCCCGGGUGGCGUAGUGGUCUAGGGCACUGCAUCGCAGUGCUAGCUGCGCCACCAGAGUCUCUGGGUUCGCGCCCAGGCUCUGUCGCAGCCGGCCGCGACCGGGAGGUCCGUGAGGCGACGCACAAUUGGCAUAGCGUCGUCCGGGUUUGGCCGGUAGGGAUAUCCUUGUCUCAUCGCAGUGUGCGCUAACCAAGGGGGCCAGGUGCGCGGUGUUUCCUCCGACACAUUGGUGCGGCUGGCUUCCGGGUUGGAGGCGCGCUGUGUUAAGAAGCAGUGCGGCUUGGUUGGGUUGUGCUUCUGAGGACGCAUGGCUUUCGACCUUCGUCUCUCCCGAGCCCGUACGGGAGUUUUAGCGAUGAGACAAGAUAGGAAUUACUAGCGAUUGGAUACCACGAAAAUUGGGGAGAAAAUGGGAUACAUUUUUUUUUUUUAAAUCCAUCCUGUUGAUUAUCAAUGCCAUCAGAUGGCAAGAUGUAAGGAUACAUUUUGUUCAUACUGAUGCUUAUACUGUAAUCAACAUCACAGAACUAUAAUUUGCGUUUGUUUAAUCUAUAAAUUCCGAAUACGUAAGUAUCAUAUUUCCCUGUUUUAAAAUUGAAAGAGACUGUUACAAUUUUGUGAAUAUGAAUGGCUGAAAUAAAGACUACUCUAAAGGAGAAAUUAAUAACA